AUGCAGCGAGGCACGUACGGCAUGCCGCCGGCUAACAGCCCACCUCUUCACCACCCCGUACCACAACACAUCUCCCAAGUCCCGAACCUGCGCUCACCACCUCCACCCGCAUCUCAAAAUGGGGGAUACGGCCAACAAUCUCCGCCGCAAGGUCAACAGGCCCAGAACCCAUAUAUGGCACAAUUCGGCGGCUUCAUGACCGAUCCCACCGCCCAGAUGGGCUUGCAGAUGGGUCAGAGUGCCAUGAAAGUCGGACAAGACUAUGUCGAGCAAAACUUCAACCGCUACGUCAACGUCUCCGCCCUGAAACACUACUUCAACGUCUCCAACUCCUACGUAACCCACAAACUCCUUCUCGUCCUCUUCCCCUGGCGCCACCGCCCCUGGUCCCGCCAACAAACCCACUCCUCCGACCCCUCGGCCCGGGGCACUGAAUUCCUGCCGCCGCGCGAAGACGUCAAUUCGCCAGACAUGUACAUCCCGCUGAUGGCGUUUGUGACCUACGUCCUCCUCACGACCCUAAUAGCGGGCUUGAAUGGGAAGUUUGAGCCGCAAUUACUUGGGAUGACGUUUAGUAAUGCGAGUGUGGUGAUCGUGUUGGAGUUGCUGGUGCUAUGGUUGGGGAGGUACUUUUUGAAUAUUUCGAGCGAGAGCCAGAUUUAUGAUCUCGUGGCUUACAGUGGUUAUAAGUUCGUGGGCGUGAUUGUGACUAUUGCUGUGGCGGCGAGCAUAAAUCGCGGCAAGGGCACGGGAGGAUGGGUGGGCUGGGGUGUAUUCGCGUACACGUUCAUGGCUAAUGCUUUCUUCUUGCUCCGGAGUCUGAAAUACGUCCUCCUACCCUCGGACAACGCACCAGGAAACCCAGGCGUACAGAUCAUCGCCCGCGGCCAACGAAGUCGACGAACUCAAUUCUUGUUCGUCUACAGCUAUGUGGUGCAGUUUGCGUUUAUGUGGUGGCUUACAGCAUUGAACUUCACCACGGGCGUGCCGGGCAAUGCGAAAAGUGGACGAUAG